CCUGUCACUUUGCUGGUCGUGAAAAGUGGUCCCUGCGGUGGUGGCAGCUAGCUUACAUACAGGACAUGCACCAGUGCUUCACUCUCCUCCUUCCCUUGGUCUUCACUUCUGGACCCCGAGCAUUACCGUCAUUUGGCCCUUACCCCUCGGAUUACUGCCCAUAAUAUCUAUUGCGCCUAGAGGCCCAUGACAUGGUCGAUCGCCCGCAAUCGCCUCCGCCGACUGCUCCCGUCGUGAUCAAAAUCUAGUGCGGGCUCCAACGUUUUAGAAGUCAUCUUGCCUGACUGUCUAGGCCUCUUCAAUGCAAUCUCUGGUUUCGUGCGUUUAGAUUCAGGAAUUGCGACAACACAGCACUGCACAUGGCUAUUGUAACGGACCGCCGUGCGAAGAAGACCGCUUCCAGACUAGAUCGCCCGUUGCCUCUACAGCCCGCCCGUAAAGUAAUGAGCCUCAACACUCCGAAUCACAGUCCUGGCGUUGAUGGUCUUGCUCCCGAGCCUACCUCUGUGGAACAUCUGGAUUUUGAAAACACCUUGACAGGACCGGACUCUACUGUUCUCGCGCCUCCGCAUUCUAGCAAGAGAAGACGCUCAUCUAAAGCCAAAGUACCUGGAGAACUUCGACGAUCAACAUCAACGCCACACAUGCGCAACCUGGCUCUGGGACAAUCAGGCGACUUGUCGCCAACAAGUAACAAGGCGCGCAAUAAGCUAGGAUACCAUCGGACAUCGGUUGCGUGCGGUCACUGUCGACGACGCAAGAUUCGAUGUCUUCUGGCACCAGAUGAUCCACAAAGCCGCUGCUCGAAUUGCAUUCGGCUGAAGAAAGAGUGCAACUUCUUUCCCGUGGACCACAACAUCGACCCACAACGUCCCUCGGGCGCAGUAAAAGACCCGGGUACAGGAACACCAAAAACACCUGUAGCCUCAUCCCCACGGCACCUCGGAUCACACUCAGGGGAAAAGAUCGGCGAAUUUCGUCUGCCAUACCAUGGAGGUGUCACAGCUGCCCCGAAUCCGCCUUAUGGCUAUUCUGGUGAACAAGGCAUUGAUCCCCAUCAUACGCCAACAUCAAGCGGAGCAGUGCAACAAGCAGCUUACCCGUAUCCUCCUCCGAUAGAGACCCAGUGGCCUCCAACAACCAGCUAUCUCCCAUCCUCAACGAUAGCAGAAAGCCCGAACUCGAGCGCAGGAUACUGGCGACAGUCCCCGUCUACGGCCAAUUCCGUGUACGGAAGCGAGUCUGGGGUUUCCGGCGUCCAUACCCCAGCGACCAUGAGCACAAGCUCCACAAUGUCAUAUGGCCAUCCAGAAGGCCAAGCAUGGGGCCAACAACCACCAUUUCAACCACCGCCGACGCGAUCAAUGUCAUACGGAAACAUUGAGGGGUUACCGCAACAAUAUCAUGGCCAAGGACUGGGGAUCCAGCAAGACUUCGGGCGAAGAACUUCACCCUACCCUUAUCCCUCCAGCAUAGAUACAAACCAGCCAAACAUGCACACAACCACUAUGGGAGGAUCAACAUCUGGUCCUCUUUCAGCUCCAGUGCUGCAAUCUCACCAAUUCUACCCCCCAGCUUGGAACUCGUACGAACAGAACCAGAUGUCACCAAUGCACGUCCCUAGCCGCUCCAUGAGCGCGCAAUGGUACGCAGAGCCUGGGCAUCUAGACCAAGUGCAAGAAGAAGGCGCACCACCGAUGGCAUACACACAGCACGGGAUACGCCAAUACUAUUCCGGCCCAUGAUUUAAGAGAAAACAACUUCACCCUACGAUCAGGAUGACGCUCCAACUAUAUUUCCACCAUUUAAAUCCAUAGAACCCUUCCAGAGACUCAGAACGGGAGGCGGCGCAUAUUGAUCACGAUCACCAGCGGCUGGUGCUUUUUACAUCGAUCUUCAGGCGUAUGGUAACAACUUGGGAACAAUCGGUUACUGAAAAAGUUCGAGUUUCGUACACGCACGGCCAAAACACUUUUCAUUCGAUUACCCCCACGUCAUCUUCCACGAUUGCUUCAACAAAUCCAUCGCAUUACGAGACGGGCAGCUGAAGGCUUGCCACAGACUGGCGGCUUCCUCAGAAAUCAUAGGAAGACUCGAUUCUCGACUUACGUCUUACCCUUCCCAUGUACGAAUAGAAGCUUUAUCUGGCCGGAGUCAGAUUCUUGGG